AUGGAAAAGUUCGACUGCGUUGUUGUCGGCGCCGGAUGGUACGGUCUAGGCGCGGCGAAACAGUAUCACUGCAUGUUCCCCGACAGCUCGCUUGUGGUCUUUGACGCGGCACCCACGCUCGGUGGCACGUGGGCUGAUCACAGGAUCUAUCCCGGUCUGAAAAGCAACAAUCUGCUCGGAACCUUUGAGUUUCCCGACUUUCCCAUGGAUACGGCUACGUUUGGUGUCGCCCCUCGAGAACACAUCCCCGGAGGUGUCCUCAACGCGUACCUAAAGGCCUACGCAGCAAGAUUUGGCAUAGAUACCCUCAUCCGCGCCAACUCCAAGGUCACAGCCGCUGAACACCAGGAAACCGCUGAGGGUGGUUGGGUGCUGACUGUGUCCAAUGACCAGCAGGAGACCACAGUCUUUGCUCGCCGGUUGAUUGUCGCCUCUGGUCUGACCUCGGAGGCCUUUUUGCCUCACUUUGAUGGCCAGGAAACCUUUGGUGGUCGGAUAUUCCACGGCCGAGACUUUUUGCAGAACAAGGAUACUAUUCAGGAGGGCAAGUCGGUGACGGUGUAUGGCGGCUCCAAGUUUGCCUGGGAUGCGGUAUACGCAUACGCGUCGGCGGGAACCAAGGUGAAUUGGGUCAUCAGGUAUGUUCGCUUCCUCUCGUGGUUCAGCCCCUGCAUCUGGGGCGAUGUCGAUGGGUUCGGCCACAUCCGCAGAUUCUUACACGGCACUGCCUUUGGGAGGGCGUUGGUCGAUGGCUUCUGGCGCGUUCUCGGUGGGGAUGUCCUGGCACUCAACAAGUACGACGCGCAUCCCAAGACGGCAAAGCUGAAGCCUUGGACGGAGGCCAUGUUCACGGCAACCAGCUUCAGUAUCGUCAACUGGGAAACGGACAUCUGGGAGCUUAUCAAGAGUGACUUGGUCGAUGUUCACAUUGGCGAGAUCGACCACCUCAGUCCUGGGAAAGUCCACUUGGCUGACGGUACGGAAUUUGAGUCCGAUGCGUUCUUGGCGCACACGGGGUGGAAGCAUGUCCCGCCCAUGAAGUUCCUCCCGGAGGGUAUCGAGAGGGAACUUGGCCUCCCUCACGCACCAGUGCAGGAUGCUCCGGGGGAAGACCUCGCCAACCAGACAGCCUUGAUGGAACGAGCCGACAAGGAAAUCCUCGCCCGCUUCCCGCGCCUGAAGAAUCAGCCAGUGUGGAAUAAGCACUACAUCCCGAUGACGGAACAAAAGGGUAUUCGCAGCAGCGACAAGGUCACGCCGUACACUCCCCUCACUCCGUUCAUGCUGUAUCAUUUCAUCGUGCCUCCCGCUGAGCGGUUCUUGCGAACUCGCGAUGUCGCCUUCGCGGGCAUGGUCAGCAACUUCAGUAACGUGAUCACGUCUCACCUCCAAGGUCUGUGGAUCAGUGCCUACUUCUCUGGGCGCCUCGCAAACGAUCCAGCUGCCGCCGUCGGGGACCAGGAUGCCCUGGCAGCUUUACGAUAUGAGACGGUGCUGCAUAACAGGGACUACAGGGCCAUCAACGAAAAUUGGAAGCGCAAAUAUGGCAGUGACAAGUCUGUCGCCAUUUAG